AUGGCUUCCGCGAAGCUGUGGAGGAGAUUCAUCCGAGCAUUAGAGGUCGAGGAUCAUAGAGGCCAUGAAGCGCAAAUAUCAUUUACCGAAUCGUUCCUCUCGAAUGACGAUCUCCUUCCCGUACCAGUCGGGAAGCGUACAUGGGCUGCGUGGAACUUUGUCUCUUUCUGGGUCGCUGACUCCUUCAACAUCAAUACAUGGAUGAUCGCAUCCUCUAUGAUCCAGCUCGGCCUUUCGUGGUGGCAAGCGUGGAUUUGUGUAUGGAUAGGCUACGGCAUCACCGCCCCUUUCCUUGUAUUGAAUGCCCGACCGGGUGCGGUGUUCCACAUUACAUUCCCUGUGGUCGCUCGCGCUAGCUUUGGUCUUUGGGGUAGCUUGUGGUGUGUCCUCAACCGGGCGGCAAUGGCGUGCAUUUGGUAUGGUGUACAGGCAAGCAUAGGUGGUGAUUGCGUGCUCGUUAUGCUCCGAGCAAUGUGGCCAAGUGUCAAUAACAUCCCCAAUUCAAUGCCUGAGUCAUCCGGAACAAAUACACGAGACUUUAUGUGCUUCCUUUUAUUCUGGAUUAUCUCCCUUCCUGCCAUAUGGUUGCCGAUCCAUAAAGUACGGCACCUGUUCACAGUAAAGGCGAUCGUCGUCUCCAUAGCCGGUAUCGUGUUUUUCAUUUGGUGCAUCGUCAAAGCCCGUGGCGUGGGUCCGAUCGUGCACCAACCUGCGCAAAUACACGGCUCCCAGUUGGGCUGGGCAAUCGUUGUGUGGUUUAUUGCUGUCGCCUUUAUAAUUGCUCAGAUGGGAACCAAUUUGACGGCAAAUUCUGUCAGUGCCGGUUGUGAUCUCACUGCACUUUUCCCUCGCUUCAUCAACAUCCGUCGCGGAGGUUACAUUGCUGCCAUUGUCGGCCUGUGCAUGCUUCCGUGGAACCUGUUAAAGAGUAGCAACAACUUCACGACAUAUCUUUCGGCAUAUGCUGUAUUCCUCAGCUCUAUAGCAGGAGUUAUGCUUGCGGAUUACUACGUCGUUCACAAGGGGCAAUAUCGCGUCAGUGACUUAUAUGACGCCAAGAAGGAUGGAUGGUACUACUAUUCUUAUGGUUUCAACAUAAGGAUCUUCCCUGCGCGCGGAGCCGCCAAGAAUUUCGAAGAAGUGGACCUGUCUGCCUAUGCCACUAACGAAUCGGACGCGUAUUACGAUCACAACAACGAUAUGAAGGAUCAUGUUGAUGGCAUACAGCUUUCCGUAUGA